AUGCUGCCCGGGGAGGCGCUGCGCAGCAGGGCGCGCAGCAGCCUCAUGGCGCGGCUUUCGUCCCCCCUCAGCUCGGCCCGGCCGCCAUUUCCCGCCACGCCAUCUCCCCGGGCCCCUGCCCAGGCCGCGGCCUCCUCCGCCGCGCGGCCGGGAGGAGGUGCCCGAAGGGGCGGGUGUCUCCUCCCGGCCCAGCCCCACGCAGCGGCGACGGGGCGGAGGAGAGGGCGGCACCGAGGGAGCGGAGCGGGGCGGGGGGGGGGCGCCCGCAGCAGCUGGGCCCCCGCCGGCAGGGUCGCAGCCGCUGAGGCGGCCCCUCAGGCGCCCCCGUGCCUCGGCCGUCCUCCGGGAGAAGGCGGCGUUCGCUGUCGGAAGCAGCCCGGCCUCGGACAGAUAUACUCCCGAUCGGUCAACAGUGAACAACACAGUACAUGUCUUCAUUGGUUGAAAAGUAUUUGGACCGUACGUCACACUCAUAUCACUUUACGGGCUGUUAGGCUACUAAUGCAACAUGUGAGGAUCUUGGAGGCAGGUACGGCCCUGAAGAGGUGCUGCUUGCAAACAACCAUUUUGCAGAGCUAGAAAAUGAAGGAGGAAAGCGGGUCUGUCUUCAAGUUUGGAAAAUGCAAACUGCAGGUCCGCCACCCCUGUACAGUGACAGUAUCACACCCUGGCUGCGGAUUAAGGCUGGUUUCUGCAGCAGUCUUUCAGGGUGAGGAGUUGCAGUGUUUUCCUCAUGAGGAUGAUGGUUAGGACUCCAGCAGGGCUUAUGAGGUUAUAAAAGGUGUAUAGUAUUAAUUAUGAAUCCACAGCCUGGGAAGACAAAUGGACAUUUAAAGAUGUCUGAGGACUGGGAUAAAAACUGAAGCAACUGCUUACAGAACCACCAUAGGGGAAUACACUGCUCGCAUUCUUGUUGUCACACAGGGGUGUGUUGCCUGGCAAGCCACCCGAAGCAUGCCUGUGCGCUGCCUCUGGCUCAGAGCACUGGCUGCAGUUGCCUGUUUCAUCACAGUUUGUUGUCCUGGGUUUUGGAAACCGACCGCUGACACUGUCACCUACUCUGUGCUGGGAGAAGUUAUUUCAGUUGUUUGCACAUAAGCAGCUUUCUGGUUCUGUUUAUUUUAGUCAAGACAUGCUGCUGCGGUGAUGGUUAGCAUUGUAACAUAGUUGCCCCAAAUGAGGGUUGGAGUUUCAAUGCUGCUUUCAAAAGUUUCCCUUCACCUUAUGUGCCAAUUCCUGACAUUUGCAUCCGAGCACCCUGUUCCAUCUCUUCUUCCACGUACAACUUCUGCCCAGGUACUUAUUGAAACUCUGCUGUGAUAGUCCCUUGUAUUGAAAGCUUCUGUCAUAAGAGAUGUCUCCUGUGCUGUGACAGUUAAACAUAUGUUAAGGUAUUGCUGUUUACUAGCAUUCCAUUUAUGUACCUUAGGCCAUAGUAUGUGUGUAUAUUAUAUAUACAUACUACACACAAACACUCUCUCUCUCUAUAUAUAUAUAUACACACACAGCAAAUAUAGUACAUUAGGUUUUAUAUAUGCAUGUAUAUACAUAUAUACUAUACACAUACACUUAUGUAUAGUACUGUACUACUGUGUAUAUAGUAUGUACUACAUCUAGUACUACAUGUGUGUAUAGUAUAUAUGAGCAUAUAUAAAACCUAAUACACUAUAUUUUUACUGUAUUUCCUAUGAUCAGCUACUUAACUGUUCUCCCAGUCCAUAUUUUGUCUUGUGGACGUUUGUGGGUGUAGUUAUGUAAAUGAGAAUAAUUGUUUAAUAAAAGCAGGUUGAGUCUA